CGAGCUCGACUCGAACACCCCUGGCUCGAGCUCAACUCGUUUGCACAUCUAAUGGCCCCCACUAAAAAAUUAAUUAAAUCAAUGUUUAAUUAAGUAUAUUAAUGGUUUCUUAAUUAUCAUUAAAUAAAAUAAUUAUAUUUAUUUUGUAGGCUUUUCAAGAGACUCUUCCGAUGGACUGUUUACCUUCCCAAUUUAUAGUCGGCAGCAUUUCUUUUCCUGCGCAUCAUCGAGCCAAUAGUGACAAUUUCUAGUCUGCAUUUCUUGUCUUCUUAAAUCAAUAAAUCCUCCCAUUUUCACGGCUCUACAAAGAAGCCAUGGCAGGUUUGAAUUCAAAAAUCACUCUUAAACUUCUGAUCGAUGUUCGUAGCAACAAAGUUCUUUUCGGUGAGGCUGGUAAAGACUUUGUAGAUUUCUUGUUCAGCCUUCUUACCCUCCCACUAGGCUCUGUUAUUAAGCUCCUCUCUCCUGCAACCAUGAUUGGAUCUCUUGGAAAACUUUAUCAAAGCGUAGAAAAUCUUAACGAGAUCUAUCUUGCAGCAAACAAAUACAAAGCCUCUUUACUUCAACCCAAAGCAUCCACUUAUGUUAACAAUCAUUUGCUUCUUGGCACAGAAACCUCUACUGCAGAGCUCAAAUACUAUCUUUGUACUUCUUGCAAUAGAAAAGUCGCUACUGUGAGAAGUACCGUGUGCCCAACCUGCAAGUAUGCGAUGGUCAUCGAAGUCGCCUUCGUGGCUCCACCGGGUUCUGCUUCUUCUGUUAGUUCUGGAAAUGCAGGAGAGGGUGUUGGAGGCUUUGUGAAGGGAGUGGUCACCUACAUGAUUACAGAUGAUCUGGAAGUGACGCCAAUGUCUGCGAUCUCCAGCAUCACUCUUAUCAAUCGCUUCAUGAAAAAGGAUGUCGAACUAGAGGAGAAGGUGGUCGCCGUCGGCAUGGAAGAGGGACUUGCUUUGCUUAAGGCUUCAUUAGACUCACCAACUGUUUUGACUGAUGUUUUCUGCUCCCCUAAGAAGAAGGAAAACCCUCCUUCUUCCUCUAUUGUGGAUGAUGAUGAUGACGACGACGACGACGACUAAUUUCUCUCUCUCUGUAUAUGUUUUGCUAAUAUGGCAAUGCUAAUGGACUAGCAUUUGUACUUGUGUGACUUUCUCUGUACGUAUAUGUGGCCAAGGUCUUUAUUUUGUAGCUUAAUUCUGUGUGGAUUUAGUGUAAUAUGUAUGGAAAUGUAAAUUUUUUAAAUGAAAUUGUUUAAUUAUAUAUUUUAA